CUGGGGAUCCCUUAGGGAUUCCCAGAUCCCGAUCCCAGAUCCCAAUCCCAAUCCCUGUUGUUCCAGAGGUGGGCCUGGAGCCCUGGGGAUCCCUUAGGGAUUCCCAGAUCCCAAUCCCAGAUCCCAAUCCCUGAUCUCCAUGCUGUUGUUCCAGAGGUGGGCCUGGAGCACUUCCUGCGGAAGGUGGAGGCCGCUCACUGCUCCGCCUGCGACCUCCUGAUCCCGAUGCACUUCGGCUCCAUCCAGAAACACCUGAAAUCCCUGGAUCACAACCACAACCGCCGGGCCAUGCUGGAGCAGUCCAAGAGAGCCUCGCUGGUGGUGGCCCGGAGCAUCCUCAACAACAAACUCAUCAGCAAGAAGCUGGAAAAGUUCCUCAAGGGGGAAAAUCCCUUCACGGACGACGCUGAGGAAAAGGAGGAGCCCGAGGAAGGAGCAGGGGAGGAAAAUCCCGAAAAUUCCACAGAAAAUCCCCAAAAUCCUGAGGAAAACCUGGAAAACCCCAAAGAAAAUCUGGAAAAUCCCACGGAAAAUCCUGAGAAUUCCACGGAAAAUCCGGAAAAUCCCACGGAAAGUCCGGAAAAUUCCACAGAAAACCCCCAAAAUCCUGAGGAAAAUCCGGAAAAUUCCACAGAAAAUCCGGAAAGUUCCACAGAAAAUCCGGAAAGUUCCACGGAAAAUCCGGAAAAUUCCACGGGAAAUCCCCCAAAUCCGGAGGAUUCUGAGGAAAAUCCGGAAAAUUUGGAGGAAAAUCUGGAAAAUCCCGAGGGAAUUUCAGCAGCCAAAAAGCAGCAAAAGGGACCAGGGGCAAAUCCAGAGGGGGAAAAUUCCCCAAAUUCCCCAAAUUCCCCAAAUUCCCCAAUUCCCCAAAUUCUGAGGAGCUCCCGGAGCAACAGGAGGGAGAGGAAAGUUCUGGAAAGUUCCAGGAGUGAAUUCCUGGAGGGAAAAGGACCUGGAACCGUCCCUGGCUGGGCCCGGCCCCAAAUCCUGGAAUUUCCUGGGAUUUCUUUGGGAAUUCCUGAAAAAAAUGGGAAUUUUGUGGAAGUUUCUGAGGGAAUUCCUGGGAAAAAAAGGAAAUUCCUUGGAUUUUUUGGGAAUUCCUGGGAAAAAAAAGGGAAUUUUGUUGGGUUUCUUUGGGAAUUCCGUUGGGUUUUGGGGAUUUCCUGGCAUCAUUUCCUUGGAUUUUUUGGGAAUUCCCAGGGAAAAAUGGGAAUUUCCUUUGGGUUUUGGGAAUUCCUGGGAAAAAAAAGAGAAUUCUGCUGGAUUUUUUGGGAAUUCCCUUGGAGUUUUUUGGGAAUUCCCAGGAAAUAAAGAGAAUUUCUUUGGACUUUUUGGGAAUUCCCAGUUGGGAUUUGUGGAAAUUCCCAGUUGGGAUUUUUUGGGAAUUUCCAGUUGGAUUUGAGGGAAUUUCCAGUUGGGAUUUGAGGGAAUUCCCAGCUGGAAUUUGUGGGAAUUCCCAGCUGGAUUUGUGGGGAUUCCCAGUUGGGAUUUGUGGGAAUUCCCAGUUGGAUUUGUAGGAAUUCUCAGCUGGGAUUUGUGGGAAUUUCCAGCUGGGAUUUUUAGGAAUUCCCAGUUGGAUUUGUGGGAAUUUCCAGUUGGAUUUGAGGGAAUUUCCAGUUGGGAUUUUUGGGAAUUCACAGUUGGGAUUUGUGGGAUUUUCCAGCUGGGAUUUGUGGGAUUUUCCAGCUGGGAUUUGAGGGAAUUCCCAGCUGGGAUUUUUUUGGGAAUUCCCAGUUGGAUUUGAGGGAAUUUCAAGGUGAACUUUUUGUAAUCCAGAGCUGGAAUUUUUAGGAAUUCCCAUUUGGGAUUUGUGGGAUUUUCCCCUCCGGCCUGGGGCUGUUCCCAGGCGUGCCCAGGCUGGGAUUUCUCCCCAGGAUUUUCCAGGAUUUCCGUGGCUGUGGCUCCCUGUUCCCGACGUUCCCCUGCUGCUCUCCCCUCGGUUUUUCCCCCUUUUUCCCCAUUUUUUCCCGUUUUUCCCCGUUUUCCCCCCGUUUUCCCCGCUGUUUUUCCCUGCCCUCGGAGCGUUCGGUGCCGUUGUGUCCGUUGUGAACGGGAGGAGAUUCCCGAGGUUUCUGUGGAUUUUAAAGGACUCCACCUCAGCCGA